CAGGUUUACAUGGAUGUGACCAUCAAUGGGGAGCCAGCGGGCCGUUUCACCAUCGAGCUGUUCAGUGACGUACCUGCCGGUGCAUCACGCUUCGCCGAGUUGGCGGCUGGUCGGCAGGGAGUGGACUAUCGCCUGUCGAAGUUUAAUGGCAUCCUGCCGACGUAUAUUCGCAACGACGGUAUCAGCCGCCUGUCGUACAGCGCCACGGAGGUAUCGCCCAUCUCCUCGGUUGACUCCUUGGAAGCCGUGGAGGCAGAGCUCCAGCAGCAAACACGGCGCCACACUCAGUCCGGUUUGGUAUCCCUCAUCGUGCGGGAGAAGGAGGCCAGGCCCGUCAAGGAACGCCUGGUGGCGCGUGACGGUAAACUGAUUACUGUGCUGGAACAGGCUGGCGAGGCGCCCAACGGCACGCAGUUUACCAUCACCACGGCCCCCAGUCCCGAGCUCGACACUACGAACCUCAUCAUUGGCCGACUGGUUGAUGGCGACAAUCUGCUGAAGCGUAUUGCGGCUUUGCCUGUGAACAAGCCACGAAACGACAACCCCUACUUCCAGGCGGGGAAAGCUAUAGGUGAUAAGCGAGCAGUGACUGCGGAGCGGGCUUUCUACCGGCCUUUCCAGAAAGUGGUGGUUGCCAACUGUACCCUGUCCUCAUCCUGAUUCGGCUCUUCUCCACUCACUGGGACUUCCAGGGCAAUCGGAUGCAUCUUUCCAUUUCUGUUCAAGCACUUACGUUUAUGUGUAGCUGAUGAGUUGAUGGGGAGCUAUACAUAUACUUAGGUCUUACUUUUAGUAAGACUGGACCAUUUCCGGUUUGAGUUCAAAUUUAUGCGACUCCUGGACCUAUUUCCUCGGAUAGUUUUGCCCGCUGUUCGGCCGGCAAGACAUUGCAUAGGCUUAAAAAGCUUAUCUUGUAAAAAUAUCUAC